AUGCCUGACGACGAGGGCGCCUCUCCCCGCGAAGUGGUGGUGGAAGCCUGCCGCCGCGACCAGCCCUAUCUCAUCGACGAGAUCUUCCAAAAGUCAUACAAGGAUAAGCCAGAUGAGUUUGCAGACUUCAUCAACGGCGUCACAGACUCCAUGGGGAACCACGCUCUGCACAUCUGCGCCUCUUACGGUAGCUAUGAUGCAAUGGACUACCUUCUAGACAUAUAUCACUUUGAAGUUGACCCCGCUAACCGCAUCGACGGCGACACACCGCUUCACCUAGCGGUCCGACACGGAAACGAAAAGGACAUCGAUGUCGGCAUGUCCAUGCUAGAGAUGAUGCUUGAAGCAGGCUGUGAUCCACGCGUACGGAACAAGAAAGGUCAGAGGCCUGUGGAUUUCGUCAUGCCGCAGUAUAGCCAGAUGAAAACCGCCUUGAUGAAGGUGGAGUAUAUGCUGCAGGAAGGCGGGGGGAUAGAGGGGCAUGACGACGAGGACGAUGAGCAGAGUGAUGGACCGAGUGAUGAUGAGGAAGCUGCCCAGACUAAGAAGCGUUAG